UACCAGGACAGUAACAUGCAGAACGUGGUGGAUGACCUCACCAGCUAUCUGGAACAGCGUCUGGACCCUGGGGGAGACAACAAGCUGUUGCUAUAUGACUUGUGCACCGUCAUCAAAACAGGUGGGUAACACACACUCACUCACACACUCACACACUCACACUCACAACGGGUGGGUAAAGCCCUCUUUGUAGCCAGCAGGUGCCUGGUUAAUCUGCCUUGCGUAUAUCCUCGCUUCACCACGUCUCACAUUGAAGUUAGCUGACAGCUUAGCCCUGGUCCUAGAUCUGUUUGUCACCUUGCCAACUCCAAUGGUCCAUUUUUGGUCACGUUUGGCAUGACAGCAACCUUAGGAGUUGACUAUACCACACAAACAGAUCUGGGACCAGGCUAGAUUGAUGCAGAUAUCAAACAGAUCUCGGACCAAGCUAAGCUGACACUAACUAUACUGGGACCAAUGGUGCAACAUGGUGCAGUGUCCACUGUCUUCAGUGUCUCUGUCUGUGGCGGAGCUCUGUCAGUGUGUGUGCGAGUGUGUAUGUUGUGUUGUGUGUGCGAGUGUGUGUGUGUGUGCGUGUGUGUGGGUGUGGGUGUGGGUGUAUGGUGUACCGUGUGUGUGUGGUGUAGAAGACUGGGACAUGUCCCAAAGCUCUAUAUUGCCACGGUGCCCUGAUGUGGCAUGGGAGGAUCGGAUGUGACAGGCUGCUCGCCCUGCGCUCCGCCUUGCACUCCGCCUUGCGCUCCGCCCUGCACUCCGCCUUGUGCUCCGCCCUGCACUCCGCCUUGCACUCGCCCUGCCCCCGCCCUGCCCUCGCCCUGCCCCUGCCCUGCCCUCCCCUCGCCCCUCGCCCCUGCCCUGCCCUCGCCCCCGCCUUGCCCUCGCCUUGCACUCCGCCUUGUGCUCCGCCCUGCACUUCGCCUUGCACUCCGCCUUGUGCUCCGCCCUGCACUCCGCCUUGCACUCGCCCUGCCCCCGCCCUGCCCUCGCCCUGCCCCUGCCCUGCCCUCGCCCUGCCCCCGCCCUGCGCUCGCCCUGCGCUACGCCCUCACCCUGCGCUCCUCCCUGUGCUCUGCCCUGCACUCCGCCUUGCACUCCCCCUGCGCUGCGCUCCGCCUUGCACUCGCCCUGCGCUCCGCCCUGCGCUCCGGUCUUGCACUCCCCCUGCGCUCCGCCCUGCGCUCUGCCUUGCGCUCCGCCCUGCGCUCUGCCUUGCGCUCCGCCCUGCACUCCGCCUUGCACUCGCCCUGCCCUCGCCCUGUGCUCCGCCCUGCGCUCGCCCUACACUCCUCCCUCGCCCUGCCCCGCCCUGCCCUGCCCCCGCCCUGCGCUCCGCCCUGCGCUCGCCCUGUGCUACACCCUCACCCUGCGCUCCUCCCUGUGCUCGCCCUGCGCUCCGCCCUGCACUCGCCCUGCGCUCUGCCCUGCGCUCUGCCCUGCACUCGCCCUGCGCUCCGCCCUGCGCUCCGCCUUGCACUCCCCCUGCGCUCCGCCCUGCGCUCUGCCUUGCGCUCCGCCCUGCACUCCGCCUUGCACUCGCCCUGCGCUCGCCCUGCGCUCCUCCCUGUGCUCGCCCUGCGCUCUGCCCUGCACUCCGCCUUGCACUCCCCCUGCGCUCCGCCCUGCACUCGCCCUGCGCUCUGCCUUGCACUCCCCCUGCGCUCCGCCUUGCGCUCCGCCCUGCGCUCGCCCUGUGCUACGCCCUCACCCUGCGCUCCUCCCUGUGCUCUGCCCUGCACUCCGCCUUGCACUCCGCCUUGCACUUGCCCUGCCCUCGCCCUGCGCUCCGCCCUGCGCUCGCCCUGUGCUACACCCUCACCCUACGCUCCGCCUUCGCCCUGUGCUCCGCCCUGCGCUCGCCCUGCGCUCCGCCCACACCCUGCGCUCCGCCCACACCCUGCGCUCCGCCCUUGCCCUGCGCUCCGCCCUUGCCCUGCGCUCAGCCCUCGCCCUGCGCUCCGCCCACACCCUGCGCUCCGCCCUGCGCUCGCCCUACACUCCUCCCUCGCCCUGCGCUCGCCUUGCCCUCCCCUGUGAUCCGCCCUGCGCUCCGCCCUGCGCUCGCCCUGCACUCCGCCCUCACACUGCGCUCCGCCCUACGCUCACCCUGCGCUCGCCUUGCGCUCCGCCCUGCACUCCGCCUUGCACUCGCCCUGCCCCCGCCCUGCGCUCCGCCCUGAGCUCGCCCUGCGCUCUGCCCUGCACUCGCCCUGUGCUACACCCUCCCCCUGCACUCCGCCUUGCCCCCGCCCUGCGCUCGCCCUGCGCUCUGCCCUGCGCUCGCCCUGUGCUACACCCUCCCCCUGCGCUCGCCCUGUGCUACACCCUCCCCCUGCGCUCCGCCUUGCACUCCCCCUGCGCUCCGCCUUGCGCUCCGCCUUGCGCUCCGCCCUACACUCCGCCUUGCACUCACCCUGCCCUCGCCCUGUGCUCGCCCUGUGCUACGCCCUCACCCUGCGCUCAGCCCUCGCCCUGCGCUCCGCCCACACCCUGUGAUCCGCCCUGCGCUCCGCCCUGCACUCCGCCUUGCACUCGCCCUGCCCUCGCCCUGUGCUCCGCCCUGCGCUCGCCCUACACUCCUCCCUCACCCUGCGCUCGCCUUGCACUCGCCCUGCCCCCGCCCUGCCCUGCUCCCGCCCUGCGCUCCGCCCUGCGCUCGCCCUGCGCUCUGCCCUGCGCUCGCCCUGUGCUACACCCUCACCCUGCGCUCCUCCCUGUGCUCGCCCUGCGCUCUGCCCUGCGCUCCGCCCUGCACUCGCCCUGCGCUCUGCCCUGCGCUCCGCCCUGCGCUCCGCCCUGCGCUUGCCCUGUGCUACGCCCUCGCCCUGCGCUCCUCCCUGUGCUCGCCCUGCGCUCUGCCCUGCACUCCGCCUUGCACUCCCCCUGCGCUCCGCCCUGCACUCGCCCUGCGCUCUGCCUUGCACUCCCCCUGCGCUCCGCCUUGCGCUCCGCCAUGCGCUCGCCCUGUGCUACGCCCUCACCCUGCGCUCUGCCUUGCACUCCCCCUGCGCUCCGCCUUGCACUCCGCCUUGCACUCGCCCUGCCCUCGCCCUGUGCUCCGCCCUGCGCUCGCCCUGCGCUCCGCCCACACCCUGCGCUCCGCCCUCGCCUUGCGUUCUGCCCUCGCCCUGUGCUCCACCCUGUGCUCACCCUGCGCUCCGCCCUGGGCUCCACCCUCGCCCCGCGCUCCGUCACUUGACACACAACAUAUACUGUAUACCACACCAUCUGGGUAACUACAGAUUACAGACUACAGAUUGUAACUGUCACACAUCUCUUGUCUUUGAACAGCCACGAAAGCAGACGGAUUUGCACUUUACCUCUUGGGAGAAUGCAACAAUGUAAGUGAACCACAUACUGUAUAGUCAGAUCAACUACUUUGAGCUCCACUGAUCUAGUCUAGUAAGUGAUGAGUCUUAAAGCCACAAUCCUUAAUUAAUGAGGCAUUAACAAUGUAUAUCCUCAAUAAUAAAUGUGUGGACAUAUUGCAGAUAGCACCUUUUUAGUGAGUCUGUGUAAAUUAAUCUGGUCUACUGAGUGAUUAGUGUGGACUGACUAUGACUGGGAUAGGUGGUUGUCUCACCUAGCUAUUUUAAGAUUAAUGCACUGACUGUAAGUGGCUCUGGAUAAGAGCUUCUGCUAAAUGACUAACAUGAUGUAGUAUAUAGUAAGUGACUGAUUGAGUGUAUCCAUGUUCAUCUCUCUCGCUCUGGUCCCUGAUUGAGUGUAUCCAUGUUCAUCUCUCUCUGGUCCUUCCUGAUUGAGUGUAUCCAUGUUCAUCUCUCUCUGGUCCUUCCUGAUUGAGUGUAUCCAUGUUCAUCUCUCUGUCUCUGGUCCCUCCUGAUUGAGUGCAUCCUGUUCAUCUCGCUGUCUCUCUCUCUGGUCCCUCCUGAUUGAGUGAUCCAUGUUACAUCUCUCUCUGGUCCUUCCUGAUUGAGUGUAUCCAUGUUCAUCUCUCUCUGGUCCUUCCUGAUUGAGUGCAUCCUGUUCAUCUCGCGGUUUCUCUUCUAUGGUCCCUCCUGAUUGAGUGCAUCCUGUUCAUCUCUCUGUCUCUGGUCCCUCCUGAUUGAGUGUCUCUGGUCCUUCCUCAGAGCUUGUGUUUGUUUAAACCGACGGGGGCUGAGGACGGUCCUCCCACCCUCAUCCCAGCUGGUCCCAUCACGUUUGGGACCACCAUCGCCGCUCACGUCGCCACAACACGCAAAACACUGCUAGUAGAGGACAUCACAGGGGUGAGAUUCAGCAUACUAUAAAUACACCUAAUCUUUACCCUAACCCUAAACACUAACCCUUACCCUAAAACUUAACCAGAAACAACCACACAAACAACCCUAACCCUAAACCAAAAACACUAACCCUCAACGGCACAAAACACUAAACCCUUAACUGGGUACCAAAAAAUACCCUACCUAACCAAAAACCAACCAUCCCAAAAACACAACUCUACCCUAAAACAAAACACUAACCCUUACCCUAACCCAAAAAAACACUAAACCCAAACACAACCCUAACCCAAAGAACCCUAACCCAAAACACUAACCCUACCUAACACACAAAAACAUAACGACUCACUAACCCCAAAAACCCAACACCAAAAAACAAUAAACCCUUGACCCUAACCCAAAAAACACUAACCUUACCCAACAAACACCACAAAAAAAGAACCUAACCCAAAACAUAACACGUUACCCAUAACCCAAAAAAACGAAACCUAUACUAACCAAAACACUAAACGUACCUAACCCCAAAAAACUAACCCUACCGAAAAAAACAACCCGAACCCAAAAAACCACAACCCAAGACCCUAACCCAAAACACGAACAACCGGACACACAAAAACAAAACACGAACCAGGACACCGAACCCAAAACACGAAACCGGACCAACGAAGAAAAACACAACAAAAAACACUAACCCAACCCAAAAACACAAACCCUACCUAGACCAAAAGACUAACCCAAAACACAAAACACGAACCCGGACACCUAACCAAAAACACGAACCCUUACCAACCAAAAAAAACUACAACCCCAAAGCUACACCCAACCCAAAACACAAAACCCUACAAACCCGAACCCAAAACACUAACACGGAACCUAAACACAAAACACAACGGACCCACCAAAAAAAACAAUAACCCUAAGAACCAAAAACUAACCCGGACCGAAACCAAAAAACACAACCAGACCCAAAAAAACCCGAAACACAAAAAACACGAACCGUACCCUAAACCAAAAACACUAAAACACCUUAAAACCAAAAAAACACUAACCAACCCAAAAACAAUAACCCUUAGCCCUAACCCAAAACAAAAAACACUAACACCAACACCAAAAACACUAACCUAUAACCAAAAAAAACCUAACCUAACCCAAAACACUAACCUUACCCUAACCAAAAACACUAACCCUACCCUAACCCCAAAACACUAACCUACCAACCCCAAUGCUAACCCUUACCCAAAACACAACUACAACACAAAACAACAACCCUAACCCAAAAACACUAACCCACCCAAACUAAAACACUAACCCAAAACACUAACCCUAACCCUUAAACCUAAAAAACACUAACCCUUAUCCUAACCCCAAAACACUAACACUUAUCAUAACCCCAAAUGCUAACCCUAACCCAAAAACACUAACCCUUACCCUAACCCAAAAACACUAACCUUAUCCUAACCCAAAAACACCAUCCUUACCCUAAUACAAAACACUAACCCUUACCCUAACCCAAAACACUAACCCUUACCCUAACCUAAAACACUAACCCUAACCCAAAACCCUAACCCUAUCCCAAAAACACUAACCCUUACCCUAACCUAAAACACUAACCCAAAACACUAACCCUAAUGCAGGAUAAAUCAAACUUCCCAAAGUAUUUGGUUCAGAUUGUGUAUGUUUUAUUUCAAAUACUUUGACCUCAGGACCCCAGACUUCUGUGCAGGACGACUCAGGGAUUCAGUCUCAGGGAUUCAGACUCAGGGAUUCAGUCUCAGGGAUUCAGAUAGGGAUUGUGUUCAUUGUCUGAGCUUAUCAUCCUCAACCUUAAACACUGCCCACUAAUCGCUGACUCUAAUCUAACCUGUGCCUUCUCAUCUCUCACUCUUUAUCAUCGCCUGACCCUCGCUUCGUCUGACCUUAUCUACUCUCUCCUCUCUCUCUCUCUCCUCCUCGCAUCCACUCGCUCUCUUCAUCUCUUCUCGCUCUCGCUCUCGUCUCUACUUCUCUCUCUCUCUCUCUCUCCCUCUCCCUCUCUCUCUCUCUCCUCGAAUCUCGGGCCCUUCCUCUCCCCUCUCUCUCUCUCGCUCUUCCUCUCCUCUCCUCUCUCUCCAGGACGAGCGUUUCCCUGAAGGCACAGGACAGGACUCAGACUCAGGGAAUCAUGUUCACUCUGUCCUGUGCCUCCCCAUCCUCACGGCCAUCGGUGACCUCAUAGCUAUCCUGGAGCUGCAUCGGCACUGGGGCCACGAGCCCUUCACUUCCAGCAACCAGGAGGUACAAGCACACACACACCAACACACGCACAGAGACACAUACACACACACAAACAUGCACACAUACACAUGAAGCCUGUCUGUGUGAACACAGCCUUAGAGGUGAUUUGACUCUCUAGGUCAAGCUAACCAAUGUAGCAGGCGUAAAAGAAACACCUGAAACUAGAUCCCCUACAAAAUAACUGUCGGGGAAGGUUCUCUUCUGUACUGUUCAACCAAUCCAGUAAAUGUGGAGGAGGAGUUAAGAUGGAGCGUUGCUUUGUUAACGUCCAAAAGCUGAAGUUUUGUCACAAGCGCUCUUUCCAUUUCCCCUGAAAAGCGGAACAUCCAGUUGUUGGGGACUCAGCAGAGGCUAAGGGCUAGGCAAUGGCUUCCUGUAAUAGCUCCAUUAGGCGUUCAUAAGGAGAGCAGCGAUCAGUGAGUCCUUGAGGACCAGACCAAGGUUUUGCAACUCUGCUAUUAGCUGCUAAUGAGCCAAUCAGAGGACAGGUAGACACUUUUAGGUGACAGGCACUGAGGGGUUAAUUAUAUGACUACCCAGCGGGAAAGGAUGGUUGCAUUAACGUUGUAAGAACGUCACCGUAAUCUUGUUGUAAUGACGUCUUUUCAACCAGUUUUGCCCACUGGGAUGUUACGUACCAGUCAUUAUUGGAGAGGGCAUUAGGUUGGAUAAACAAACAUGAUGAGGACACACAUGGGAAUGUCAAAUGGGAAUACCGGGAAUACUCAUUAUAUGAUGAAUGUUACCCAUAUCAUAUGAAAGUCCAGUUUAUAUGUCUAUUAAUAAAUAUCCCUGUCAAAUAUAAAUACAGUGGGGAAAAAAAGUAUUUAGUCAGCCACCAAUUGUGCAAGUUCUCCCACUUAAAAAGAUGAAAGAGGCCUGUCAUUUUCAUCAUAGGUACACGUCAACUAUGACAGACAAAUUGAGAGAAAAAAAUCCAGAAAAUCACAUUGUAGGAUUUUUAAUGAAUUUAUUUGCAAAUUAUGGUGGAAAAUAAGUAUUUGGUCACCUACAAACAAGCAAGAUUUCUGGCACUCACAUACCUGUAACUUCUUCUUUAAGAGGCUCCUCUGUCCUCCACUCGUUACCUGUAUUAAUGGCACCUGUUUAACUUGUUAUCAGUAUAAAAGACACCUGUCCACAACCUCAAACAGUCACACUCCAAACUCCACUAUGGCCAAGACCAAAGAGCUGUCAAAGGACACCAGAAACAAAAUUGUAGACCUGCACCAGGCUGGGAAGACUGAAUCUGCAAUAGGUAAGCAGCUUGGUUAGAAGAAAUCAACUGUGGGAGCAAUUAUUAGGAAAUGGAAGACAUACAAGACCACUGAUAAUCUCCCUCGAUCUGGGGCUCCACGCAAGAUCUCAACCCGUGGGGUCAAAAUGAUCACACCGCCAGGGACUCAAAUCCUGCAGUGUCCAGACGUGUCCCCCUGCUUAAGCCAGUACAUGUCCAGGCCCGUCUGAAGUUUGCUAGAGUGCAUUUGGAUGAUCCAGAAGAGGAUUGGGAGAAUGUCAUAUGGUCAGAUGAAACCAAAAUAGAACUUUUUGGUAAAAACUCAACUCGUCGUGUUUGGAGGACAAAGAAUGCUGAGUUGCAUCCAAAGAACACCAUACCUACUGUGAAGCAUGGGGGUGGAAACAUCAUGCUUUGGGGCUGUUUUUCUGCAAAGGGACCAGGACGACUGAUCCGUGUAAAGGAAAGAAUGAAUGGGGCCAUGUAUCGUGAGAUUUUGAGUGAAAACCUCCUUCCAUCAGCAAGGGCAUUGAAGAUGAAACGUGGCUGGGUCUUUCAGCAUGACAAUGAUCCAAAACACACCGCCCGGGCAACGAAGGAGUGGCAUCGUAAGAAGCAUUUCAAGGUCCUGGAGUGGCCUAGCCAGUCUCCAGAUCUCAACCCCAUAGAAAAUCUUUGGAGGGAGUUGAAAGUCUGUGUUGCCCAGCGACAGCCCCAAAACAUCACUGCUCUAGAGGAGAUCUGAAUGGAGGAAUGGGCCAAAAUACCAGCAACAGUGUGUGAAAACCUUGUGAAGACUUACAGAAAACGUUUGACCUGUGUCAUUGCCAACAAAGGGUAUAUAACAAAGUAUUGAGAAACUUUUGUUAUUGACCAAAUACUUAUUUUCCACCAUAAUUUGCAAAUAAAUUCAUUAAAAAUCCUACAAUGUGAUUUUCUGGAAAAAAUAAUCUCAUUUUGUCUGUCAUAGUUGACGUGUACCUAUGAUGAAAAUUACAGGCCUCUCUCAUCUUUUUAAGUGAGAGAACUUGCACAAUUGGUGGCUGACUAAAUACUUUUUUCCCCACUGUACAUGGAGGCUAACAAUUGUUUUGUUAUAAUUAUUUUUAGCUUCUAUUAUUUUAAAGCCCACUUUGGAACUGUUAUUUUUUUAAAUAUUUGUAUUUAUUUUUAAUGCAAAAUGUUUGUGAUGCAAAAAAAAAAGUAUGUAUCUGCCCAAGGAAUACAGAUGAAAACUAGCCAGCUGGCUGAAUAUGGCACAUUUACAGAAAUGUUCAUUUAUGUGCAUUGUCCCUGUGAAAUAAAUAAAUAAUAAUGAUUUUCUUAAAGGUUGCAACGGCGAAUUUAGCAUGGGCAUCUGUAGCUAUUCACCAAGUACAGGUGAGCAUUGGAUUAUUUUACAAAACAUUUUCAUCAGACAAGUAAGAAAUGUUUCUGUAUGUGAUGUGUCAGGUGUAUUUGGUUACAAAUACUUGAUAACACACAUUUGAUAAAUGCUUGAUAGGUAGCACGUGGUCAUUGGGACAGGGUUAUGUCUGUGGUCAUUGUGACAGGGUUGUGUCUGUGGUCAUUGGGACAGGGUUGUGUCUGUGGUCAUUGGGACAGGGUUGUAUCUGUGGUCAUUGGGACAGGGUUGUAUCUGUGGUCAUUGGGACAGGGUUGUAUCUGUGGUCAUUGGGACAGGGUUGUAUCUGUGGUCAUUGGGACAGGCUUGUGUCUGUGGUCAUUGGGACCAGGGUUGUGUCUGUGGUCAUUGGGACAGGGUUGUAUCUGUGGUCAUUGGGACAGGGUUGUGUCUGUGGUCAUUGGGACAGGGUUGUAUCUGUGGUCAUUGGGACAGGGUUGUAUCUGUGGUCAUUGGGACAGGGUUGUGUCUGUGGUCAUUGGGACAGGGUUGUAUCUGUGGUCAUUGGGACAGGGUUGUGUCUGUGGUCAUUGGGACAGGGUUGUAUCUGUGGUCAUUGGGACAGGGUUGUGUCUGUGGUCAUUGGGACAGGGUUGUAUCUGUAG